AUGUCAAACUUUUCCUCACAAGAGAAUGGUGAAUAUGUCUGGACAACAACAGAGAGUAUUUCUCAAAUAGACUCUGCUAGGCCUCAUUUUAGCUUGAGUGCCGAAACUUCGAGAUCAUGGUCAGUUAACGGGAGAGACGACCAUAGAGAAAUACAUCUUAUCGAUUCGUCGACGGAAGAAGACUCUUUACCCAAAUGGCCAGAUUCUCGUAGAACAGUAUCAACUAAAUUUGCUCCAUUACGCAAUAAUAAAUUGGCUAUUUAUAUUGCUGCAAAGGAGCCAACCGACAUGCAGGUGUUUGAAUUUGAAGGAGACACAUGGCCACUUGAUCAACGGAUCUAUGAAUAUGCGUUGACUGAUAUUAAUAAAUUGCAGAGGUCGCUUUAUAAUGAUGGUUAUGCCGUGUUUGCAGUUGCACAGCGGCCUCCCGACGCCAUUCGAUUUCGAUCAAAAAUGGGUGGGGACAGUAUUCUUCUCAAUGCUCACGAACGUGCAAUGGAUGAAAUCAGUGCUGAGUACUCGUCGAUCAUUAGAGCCCAUUGUGCGCGUGUUUCUAAGUUUCCAGAGGUGAGGCGAGCAACCACCGAUAUCUAUACCGUAUGGGAAUUAUGUAGGGUGCUAUUUAUGGGCUCGGAACGUAAAUCGGCCAGACUGGGCAGUGCGCUCGUUGGGUGGGUGAACGAAUGUUUUCCAAUAAAAGAGUUUUCAAAAAUGGAUAUAACACGAUUACGAGAAUCUCCACGGCCAUUGGAAGAACCACAGUUGUGGGCUUGUGUCCAAAAGUUAAUAGUAAGAAGUAAUUCUUUAGUAAAUAAAGUACUUGAAAGCGUGAUUCGAAGUUCUGAAAUUAGUGCAGAGAGGCAAGCAGUCGAGCAGCUCUACGGAUAUCUAAAUACUAAACCUCGUAUCGAGCAAUAUUACGGAAGAGAGUUUGAUUACAGACUUGGGCAGUGGCAAAACACGUGCAGAGAGUUUGCCAAUAGUUUGGAAUUGUCAGAUGAAAAUACGCAAGACUCUAUAAUUACCAUUGUUAACAUAUUGUGUGCAGAUAUGCAAACUGUCUUUCAACACUGCUAUUCAUGGCAAGAAGCAUUGACCGCUUGGAUCGCUCAUGGGCAUCCGAAUGUUUCUCAUGCUGACAUACGAGAACUCUUAGAGGCUGUCCUGCCAAAUUUCCCUCUACAGGAAGAUAAUUACGUCGAAUUGGCGCUGAAGGCUUUCCUACGAGUGGAGAUAGAAGAAGGUCUAAGAAUAUGCGAAAAUAUUGAUAUAUGGUUGGCGGCACAUUUGGCGGAUAUGUUUCAAAAGCUGAAAUUUGUGGACGCACCCACAAUAAACGGCGGUUUUCUAUCUAUAAAUAAUACUCAACCUCAAUGCAGUCUCCGUGAGUACUAUUUAUUAAGUUAUGCAGAGCUGCUAGUAACCAGCACGUCUUUGUGGCAAGUUGGUUUUGAGUACUUCCGCCACUGCCCACUGUUCGGACGAUCAUACAUGCAACAGCUUAUAGCCAGAAUGCCCACAGAUUCAGAAUGGAAAACACAAAAAAUCUUGAACAUCUGCAAAGUCAAUGAACUACACGAGGAAGCAAGGAUCAUUUGCAAGCAAGCAAGCAUAUGGAAGAAAAAACGAUACGCAUCGGCAAUAUUAUAUUAUACCAAAGCAGGCGAUACACCUCGAUUAACUAAAAUUGCUCAUAACUUCCUGGAUGAGUACAUAGAGACAGGAGAGUUGACAUACAUAAACGUUAUUGAUAGCGUCUCGUUAUGUGAAAAGCCAGACGAAUCUAUCAACUUCCUGGUUCAGUACAGAAACUUCCAUGAACUACUAAAGACACGACAAUACAGACCAGCUGGGCAGGCCUUAGUAGACAUGUUGAAAUCGCAUAUCGCACCACGAAGAUUCUGGCCAAUAUUGUUAAUCAAUUCACUGCCCUUAUUACGACAAGGAGAGAACCAGGGUGAAGAAGUCGUACUUAAUGUAGAAGAAAACUCGGAAGUUCUUCGUAUUUUACAAGAAGUGACUUCUCAUCACAGAGAAGAAUUUCUAGCUUGCAUCGAAAAGGUCAAAAGAUGGUAUAAAGGAGAUAGAGGGUACGAUGAAAUCGAUGAUAAUCUUACUGUGGUGAGGUUAGCAUUGGCUAAGAAUCUGUCACGAACUAUUUGGCAUUAA